AUGUCCGCAGAUGAUAAAGAUUAUUAUUUUAAAGUAACCGUAUCAUCAUCUCCAGUUGUACAACCAAAUUCAGCAUCCAUCUCAUUUAUGAGAGAUAGCUGUGAACCCGAAAAUAUACUUUUAUCAGAAUAUGUCAUCAACGGUACAAAUACCGAUUCAUUGAACGGAUUAACUUUAUUUUAUUACUGUAUCAACCAAGCUCCAUAUUAUGUAACCUGUUUAAAAAAUGAAUGCCACGAUCCAGUGCCAUUGUUACAAAUUUGUGUUCAAACAGUUCCUUUUUAUAACUCCUCUUCAUCCAAUAUCUUAUCGAGCUCUGGUGGUACCGGUAUUUAUAGCGGCAGUAAUAGCGGUAGUUUUAGUGGCAAUCAUGCAAGUGGAGGUGGCUCUAGUGGUGCAAGUGGUUUUUCAAGUGGUGGUGGUAGCUCAAGUGGAAAGGGAAACAAUCUUGACCAAGAGUUAAAUUCGUCAUCAAAUCAAAAAUAUUAUUUCCAACAUUAUUGCUCAUAA